CCAGGAUGGAGGCAACAAGGAAGCGAGUGUUUAAUAGCCGUGUGCGAGGGGAACUUCACCUGCAAGGAGAACGAGGUGUGCGUCAGGCCCAGCGAGUGCCGCUGCCGCCACGGCUACUUCGGCGCCAACUGCGACACCAAGUGUCCCCGGCAGUUCUGGGGUCCCGACUGCAAGGAGAUGUGCAGCUGCCACCCCAACGGGCAAUGCGAGGAUGUGACAGGCCAGUGCACCUGCAACCCCAACCGCUGGGGUCCCAAAUGCGAGAACGUCUGCCUCUGCAAGCACGGCAAGUGUGACCAGAAGACGGGCAAAUGUACAUGUGAGCCCAACUGGUGGGGACCCCAAUGCUCCAGCUCCUGCUAUUGCAGCCACAACUCCCAGUGUGACCAGCAGACGGGCAACUGCCUGUGCCAGCCAGGCUGGUGGGGCCGCGGUUGCAACAACCAGUGCUCCUGCAACAACUCACCCUGUGAGCAGUUCACGGGGCGCUGCCAGUGCCGGGAGCGGACGUUCGGGCCCCGCUGUGACCGUUACUGCCAGUGCUACAAGGGCAGGUGCAACCAGGUGGAUGGGACCUGCACGUGCGAGCCGGGCUACCGAGGGAAGUAUUGCCGCGAGCCGUGCCCAGCUGGCUUCUACGGCCAAGGCUGCAGGAGGCGGUGCGGGCAGUGCAAGAGCCUGCAGCCGUGCACCGUGGCGGACGGGCGCUGCCUGACCUGCGAGGCGGGCUGGAACGGCACCAAGUGCGACCAGCCCUGCUCACCCGGCUUCUACGGAGAGGGCUGUGAGAAGCUCUGUCCCCCCUGCAAGGACGGCCACACCUGCAACCACAUCAACGGCAAGUGCUCCCACUGCAACCCGGGCUGGAUCGGAGAUCGGUGUGAAACCAAGUGCCGAAACGGGACGUAUGGGGAGAACUGUGCCUUCGUCUGCAGUGACUGCGUCAACGGCCAGUGCCACUUCGAGACCGGCCAGUGCCUCUGCCACCCAGGCUCCCAUGGCACCUACUGUAACCUGACUUGCCCACCUGGCCGCUAUGGAGCCAACUGUGCCGAAGCCUGCAGCUGCCAUGACGGCGCCUGUGACCCGCUGACGGGUGCCUGCCACAUGGAGGCCAACCAGCGGAUGGGAGUGAUCGGGGCAGGAGCCCUCCUGGCACUGCUGCUCAUCCUCCUGCUCUCCCUGCUCUGCUGCUGCUGCGUCUGCCGCAAGAAGGACGAAGCCCAUGGCUCCAGCCAGGACCCAGCAGCAGCCAAGAAGCCACCGAGACGCUUGUGCGGGCGUUUCAGUCGGAUUGGCAUGAAGCUCCCGCGCAUCCCCCUGCGCCGCCAGAAGUUACCCAAGGUCGUAGUGGCCCACCACGACCUGGAGAACACCCUGAACUGCAGCUUCAUCGAGCCGCCAUCUGUGGUGGAGCAGCCUUCCCCAUCCUGGUCAUCCCGUGGCUCCUUCUCCUCCUUCGACACCACAGAUGAGGGGCCGGUGUACUGCGUCCCCCACGAAGAGAGUGUAGGUGACAGCAGGGACAGGGGGACACCCGCCAGCCCUGGGGACAAGCUGGUGGCCCCGGCCAGUGGGGAGGAAGCAGGUGAAUACACCUUCCUGAAGGAGACGGGCUCCGUCAGAGCCUUCCCGGCUGACAGCAGCGAAACGCCCCUGCUCAAGUCCUCAGACAGCGAGCGCUCCUCCUGCGGCUCGGGCUCGGCCGGUGCCGCGCUCUACGCCCGGGUCGCCCGUCUUUCCAAGCAGUCCAAGGAGGAAGACGAUGCUGUCACAGAGCCCCGCAACCCUGGGAAGCCGCCAUCGCCAGAGAGGACCAAGCCCCGUCCCCCAGACCCAGCCACGAAGCCCAAAGUCUCCUGGAUCCAUGGCAGGUACAACUCCAGCCAGUCCAACUCGCUGCCAGCACCCAGCCGGUCCCCAGAGCGAGCGGCUGCCCAGUCUGGCAGCCCUGAGCAAGGCCAGGGCUUGGCCAAGAGGAAGAGGAGCCCAAGUGAGACGUCGGCCAGUGUGCAAACCAGAGCAGAGGAGAAGGGCGGCAUGCGGGGCAAGGAGAAAGCUCAGAAGCAACCGAAGGAGCCUGGUGUCCCCGAGGGCAAAGCCAGCCUCACUGGGGAGCCCCAGUCACCCUCGAAGCCCAAGCAGAGGAGCAAAGCCAGCUCGGAGCCAACAGAGAGCAUCAACGGGGCGGUGCAGAAUGCCUUCCGAAAGAUGGGCGCCUUCCAGCCGGAGCGGCGGGCCGGGGAAAACAGGGAUGCUCCCCGCAGCCCUGGUGCCAGCAAAUCCCGCUCUGAGCCCCUCCAUCCCCACCUGGCCUCCGAGCUGGCUGCCCAGCUGAAGGAAAAGACUCAGAGCCUCAACAAGGGGGACGGAGGCAUCCGGGCAAAUGGGGUGGGCACCCAGCGGGAGAAGCCCACCCCUCCACAGAAAGCCAAGCGCUCGGUGGCCGCCGGCAGCCAGAAGACCAGCAAGCCCUUGCUGCCCACCUCUCCCCAUCUGCAGAAACUGAUCCCCGGGGCGGCUGAGCCCGCAGCCGGGGAGCCCAAGGGGGGGGAAAAGCCAAGCACCGGCAGCAGCCAGGACCAGGCUCUCCCCAACGAGCAAGUGGCCAAGAAAACCCCCAUUAAAAAGCCUCCCAGGAAGAAGAGCCGAGAAGCCAGCCUGGAGCAGCCCAGAGCAGCCACUGUGCCUGCUCAGGCAGUGCAGUGA